AAUCACUCUGGCUCCGCCCCUCGAACUGAGUGGAUGUGGAUGCGAGAAAAAGGCCAGCAACAGAGUGACAGACAACACAGUCCUCCGCUCGGCGUAGUAGUGUUUAUCUCCUCCGUGGACGGAGAGCACAAGCGAACAGAAAGCACGAGCCGUGUGAGCAACAAAGUGGACGGAGGAGCACCAUGAGCCGCGGGACAGCAUCCAGCGGGGAGACACUCAGCUUUUAAGAUUAUUGUUGAAUCCUGGAUGCCACAUGGUCAUGAAGUAAUAGAAGCAACCGUUGAGGCCCUCCAGCUGACCUGUAGUAGAGUCCUGGCUGUGGGGCUGUGUUGUUGGUGGGCCAGAUCUAUGUGAGUGAGAGGUGAUGAAGUCCAGUAUGAGGCAGUGGCGGAGGCUGGUGCUGGUGGGGAUGCUGGCCUGGGUGCUCCUCUUCCUCGGCCUCCUCUCCUACUUCCUGGAUGCUCGUGUGAAUGAGCCGCUGACCUCUGCUGGCUCUUUACUCUCACAGCACCCUGACACGCGUCGCCUGGCCUCCAUACAGGCCUCCAAUCAACAGCGACCAAACAGACACGAACUGGCUUCCACCUUAACGACGACCUCCCCCCGAGGUGAGCCGGACCCCGACCCCUCUGCCAGCUUCCCGACCCCCGAACCCAGCCUGGAAGUGAGCCGCAGCCCCGACAGCGCCCCCUACCAGGACUACCUGGACCCUCGGAGCCUGGCUGCCUGGUCCUCCUUCGGCACAGAAAACGUGGGUUCUCACUCGGACCCUUCAAUCCAGAGUCGGGAGAGAAUCGCCCACACAGAGUACCAGAACAGGCGCUACCAAGGUGGUGGUGAGGAGGAGGAGGAAGAAGAAGAAGAGAUGGAUAAUGAAGUUGAAGGAAACAGAAGGAGGCCGGGCGGUGACUCCUCAGAUCUGGAGGAGUUUUACUUCUCAAAGUCGGUCUCUUUGGUGCAGCGGCUGUGGAGGGGUCGAGCGUCCGCCGGCAUGCUGAGCCCGCGGCUGCAGCGCGCCAUGAAGGACUACGUCAGCGCCAACAAGCACCACGUCUCCUACACGGGGCACCGCAGGGCCGCCCAGAGCGCCAAAGAGCUGCUGUGCCAGAUGAAGGCGCAGGCCCGGCUCCGGACGGUGGACGGGUCGGAGCAGCCCUUCUCCUCCCUCGGCUGGGCGCGCCUCGUGCCCUCACUCCCUCUGGAGAAACUGCACCAGAGCGCCUUCAAGACCUGCGCCGUGGUCACCUCUGCCGGGGCCAUCCUGCGCUCAGGACUGGGCAGAGAGAUCGAUAAUCAUGACGCAGUGUUACGGUUCAAUGCUGCGCCGACAGAGGGAUACGAGCGAGACGUGGGGAACAAAACCACCAUCCGCAUCAUCAACUCACAGAUUUUGGCCAAUCCCAGGCAUCGUUUCAACUCGAGCUCCAUUUACAAGAAUGUGACUCUGGUAGCCUGGGAUCCUGCACCUUACACCGUCAAUUUAUACCAGUGGUAUGCCAGUCCGGACUACAACCUGUUCGGUCCGUACACAGAGCGCCGUAAGCUCCACCCCGACCAGCCCUUCUACAUCCUGCACCCCAGCUACGUGUGGCAGCUGUGGGAUGUGGUUCAGGGCAACACUCAGGAGAACAUCCAGCCCAACCCUCCCUCGUCCGGCUUCAUAGGCAUCCUCGUGAUGAUGGCGCUGUGCGAGCAGGUGCACGUGUACGAGUACAUUCCCUCCAUGAGGCAGACGGACCUGUGCCACUACCACGAGCGUUACUAUGACGCCGCCUGUACGCUGGGAGCCUACCACCCCCUGCUGUACGAGAAGAGCCUGAUCCAGCGCAUCAACACGGGGCCCGAGCGGGACCUCAGGAGGAAGGGGCGGGUCUCUCUGCCGGGCUUCAGCACCGUCAACUGUGACAUCUGAGAAAUGAAACCUGACCCUCUGAGCCAAACAAACACACACUCCGGCCUUUUCUGGCUGACUAAGGGAGAGGUGCAAUAAAGCCACUGGAGACACGGAGGCUGGCGCUUACAAGUUUCAAAUUAGACCCUUGAAGAACAUAAGCCAUAGCGCUCCAGGGAGGGAUCAACAUGGAGGCUUCUGAAGGAACUUGUCUUCAAUAAAUUGGUUUACUAGACCAGAGACUGCCUGAAAGAGUCUCCAGGAAGGAUCUGGAAAAGACGUUCUCUCUGCUUUAGCUGAGCCAUGUUAGCGGUGGAGCUGACUAGGGUAGCAACAGAUCAGUUUUUAGAUAGAAGAAGUGAAUUUUCAAUAACUGGGUGUGUUUCAAUGGUGUAAACUCUGUGUUUUUCAAUAGUAUGCGUGGGUCUCCACUUAAAGGAAAUGCCACUGUUCAAAACAGUGGAUAUCUGUGAUUUUUGUUCCUUUCUUUUUUACUGGUCCAAAGGGUUGUGAAUAAAUAAAGAAGUCAUCCACGCUGAAUGUCAUAAAUCCAACAGACACAAACACACGCGGCAACAGGAGAUAUGUGUUAAAGACGUGUCUGCAAACAUGGAGACAUGGUGUCACCGCCGUACAUUUCAUCACCUCUUUGACAUUCCCCUGACAUCUCGUUGUGAAAUAAGUUCAUCAGUGCUGUCAGGAAGGGGCUUCUUUCACACUCACUGCUUAAUUACUCUCCUGUGCAUGCCAACCUCCUUGUUCACACUUCAGAGUGGAUAAUCAUUCAGUGUCAAGAAGCCUGUCUCUCACUUUAAAACCCCACAGGGAGGAACGUCCUGGUUGUCCUUUGUGGGUUCAGUUAUAGUAACUUUUUUUUUUUUUAAAGUAAAUGUGGCCAAAAAGAGCCGAACAGCGGAAACCCUGUGCCUCGCGGUCGCCUGAACACUCUCCUCGGGCUGCCUUGUGUCUGUUCAGGUACACACAGUCUAGCUUCAUACCGGGACUGCAGGAACGGUGAGUUGAAUUGCAGUGAGAGGUGUGACACAGUAGAUAUUGCUGAAGUCAGCGGUUUUCUCCACCACGCUUCAGCGAUCUCCCGCCCCUGUUCUUCGACGGUCAGAUGGUUCACUCGUUAUUGAAUGUAAUUUCCCCUUUGCGUGAAACCCUCCCUGGAGCUCACCACUGCUGUACAUGUAGUCUGCGUAUGUGCAGGGUUAUUUCUUUGUCAUGUAACAGCCAGAAGCUCAUUUCCUACGACUAUUAAUGUCUCAUAUUUCCUGAAUCCUUUUAAUACUGGGUUGUACCGUAGGCAGCUCAAAGCGGAGACCAUUAUAAAGGAGGAAUUUGAACCGGUUAUGGGAGCAGGUUUGCAUUGUCUCACGCUAGGAUGCUUUUUUUACGUUUACAGUCAAUCAGUGCCACAUCUGCGAUCUAGAGGUUGUAGUUUAGUGUGGAGAGGACGAUUGGUUGUGAUUCUGCUGCAGACAGUCAGAAAAAUCUUGCCUAUAACUGAGAUUUGUGUUGUUAUUCUACAAAAUGUUCUUGUGCCAUUGGUUGUGGAUUGAUAUAAGAUGUGAAAACGUGUCUCGGAAAUGUUGCUUUUGAAUAUCCUGAUGUAUGUUGAAUUAGAUGGCUUUAGAAUAACAGUAGAAGUAGUAAUACUAGUGUGUAGAUGAUACUGGGGCUUAACAUUGAUGUAGAGUAGGGCUGGGUAUCACCUGAACUGUAUCCGUUUUGCAAAAAACAAAUACUUUGCUGAUACCAAAACAAUGCAUUUCUCAUUUUUUCUACAAAAACAUUUUUAUAACUGGGGAAGCACCUGAUCAAAAGGAAAAAAGUACCUGAACAAGUAUUUGGCACCAAUUUUGAUACUUGACAGUCAGGGUGGGCAAUAUCCAUUUAAGUAAACCUCUAUUAUGGUAUUUUGUAUUGCAAAUUUGAUAUACUGCGUAUCAUUAUAAAGUAAAUGUUCUGGAAAUUCUGAUUGGAAACUACACCCGGUUGCUAAAUCAUAUGGUAAACACUGCUAAAACAAAUAGAAAUUCAAUAAAAUAAAUGGACUAAUUAUGAAAAACUGAGAUGUCUCUCUAAUGUACUACAAUUAGACAUCACCAACUAAACUACAGCCUCCAAAAUGACCAUGCAAUUGGAUCAAAUCCUCUAAUAUUAGAUUAUUACCUUCAUGAAUAAAGGAGGUUUCAUUAUACAGCAUUACAUUUAGCUAGGUUUACCACAGCCAGCAGCAGAUGGGGUAGACAAAAUAACCAGAUGGGAAUGACUAAUUCAGUGAAUUACAUACAUAACAAAGAUAUUUCAUCACAUUGAUGCAAAAUUCUGUAAAUCUAAUAUUGCCAGAAAGCAGUGCAAAUUGUGUAAAAACAGUCGGUCUCACGAUAAGUAUUUGAUUAUAUCGCCCAGCCCUACUCGACAGUUUUAAUACUCGGUUGUUGUGGACCAUUUUGAAAUGCAAACGGUGGAGAAGGUUUGAUACCCAGCCCCAGUUUCAGGUGGUUUGUCUGGCAGGUCAUAGGAAGAGUAUUGAAACAAGGAACCUGGUAAAGUAUGAAACUAUUAGAGGACUAUAACGGAGAUUUAAAAAAACAGUCUUAACAGAUCAUUGUGAAGCUUAAGGAGAUUUAUCAUUCAUUUUGAAUCAUGCAGGUUUCCAGCUGAGCUGUGGGUCUUAUGUUCCUUUGUCCAGAUAAAUGAUCAAAUGUUUAAUUGCUUGUGAUUGUAACACACUGAAGGUGCAAACACCCUGAACAUAUUGUACAUGUAUAUUUCCAGUAACUUGGAUUACUUUUCAAUGCACAGAGCAUGCAAAUCAGGAUCAGGGCUAAGAGUCUCAAACUGUCCGUGCUGUACCGUGCAGGCACCAUUGUCAUUAAUGCUGUGAGAGGCGAUUAUGCUAUAAGAUUCUUUUUUAAGUGGUGUUUUGCGGAUAUUAGUGCAUGCUUGUGGACAGGGAAAUCCCAUUAAGCUGCGGUGCAGCUAUUGGUAAUUCCCAGGGAGCAUUAGAUUCAGUGCAAUGCGUUUUGGCAACUUCAUCUUCCCUUCUGAAUAUUGUGCCAAAUCCCAUCUUUAAUGAUGUCUUUGCUGGGUGCAAUGAGAGUAAUAGCAGGUGCGAAUGCUCCUCUCUGUGAUGAUUGAGGUGGAAUUUGAUUAGCAAUUUGAUUGCCAGAAUUAAAUACCGGGCAGUAUGCUGUAACAUGAGGGAUGAGAGAACCUAUUUGCAGUCGCUGUUUAUUACGUUGCCCUCGCAGCCUCUUUCUAUCCACUUUUUUCUCUUGAGGCCUAUUUUUCAUUAGAUGUUUUUACUCAGAAUUGUGGGAAUUUGUGCACCACACUGCCUCUAAAGGAUUGUUCCACAUUGAUUUGUACAUCUAACUCCUGCAGGUUGCUGCAGUUCUCCUCGCUCAAUAAAGCAGCAUCCAUGACUGCACAUAAUGAGAGUGAAUGCCUCACUCUCAAACAGCCUUGGGGUGUUCUUCUUGACUUUGAUUUGUGAGUGAAUUCUCUUCUUACACUUGAAUUGGUAUUUAAAUAGACCAUUUGUAUGAUUUCAGCUGUUGUAAUUUGUCUUUGUUUACUGUGUAAAUAAAGCUGUUGGACAUGUUGAA